CUUCUCUCUCUCUUCUUCUUUCUUCCCCCUCACUCUUCCCAACGGGGACCCUGCCUUCGAGAGUCCUCUUUCUCUCCCAUCCAACCUGCAGCAAUGGGAGUAGUUUCAUUUUAGUCAUCCUGUACUGCAAUUGCACGUAAACAUCUCCAGGUCUUUCCUUUUCUUCCCCCCCUCACACCGACCAAGCCACCUAGCUGUAGGCUGGUCAGGCCUCCUCAUUCAUCAUGGCGACUACAUCGACGAUGUUCAUGUACUCCCUGACGAUCCAGCCACCCACUGCGAUCAAUCAGGCCAUCCUGGGUCAAUUCGCGGGUACCAAAGAGCAGCAGAUCGUCACCGCGUCGGGUUCUAAGCUCACCAUCCACCGCCCGGAUCCCACACAGGGCAAGGUGACCCCGAUCUUCUCUCAAGAUGCCUUCGGUAUUAUCCGUAGCUUAGCCGCUUUUCGCUUGGCUGGCAGUAAUAAAGAUUAUAUCAUUAUCGGCUCUGACUCGGGACGGAUCACCGUCAUUGAAUACGUUCCCUCCCAGAAUCGUUUCAACCGCAUCCAUCUGGAGACUUUUGGAAAGUCGGGGGUACGCCGGGUCGUUCCGGGGCAGUAUCUGGCGGUGGACCCUAAGGGUAGGGCGUGCUUGAUCGCCUCGGUGGAGAAGAACAAACUCGUCUAUGUCCUCAAUCGGAACUCGCAGGCCGAGCUGACGAUCUCUUCUCCGCUGGAGGCCCAUAAGCCCCAAACCCUGGUCUUCACUGUGAUCUCGCUGGACGUGGGGUAUGAGAAUCCCAUCUUCGCAGCCCUCGAGGUGGACUACGCCGAAUGCGACCAGGACCCCACGGGCCAGGCGUAUGAAGAGGCGGAGAAGCUGUUGGUCUACUACGAGCUCGACCUGGGUUUGAAUCACGUCGUUCGGAAGUGGGCUGACCCGGUGGACCGCACGGCGACUUUGCUCUUCCAGGUCCCCGGCGGCGCGGACGGCCCCAGUGGUGUCUUGGUGUGUGCCGAGGACAACGUCACGUACCGUCACUCCAACCAGGACGCGUUCCGAGUGCCCAUCCCUCGGCGCCGCGGUGCCACGGAGAACCCCGAGCGAAAGCGCUGUAUCAUUGCGGGCGUGAUGCACAAGAUGAGAGGCGCUUUCUUCUUCCUGCUCCAGACCGAGGACGGUGACCUCUUCAAGGUCACCAUUGAGAUGGUCGAAGACAGCAAACGGCAGCUGACGGGCGAGGUCAGCCGACUGAAGAUCAAAUACUUUGAUACGGUGCCCGUGGCGUCGAAUCUGUUGAUCCUCAAGAGUGGGUUCCUCUACGUGGCUAGCGAGGCCGGCAACCACCAUUUUUACCAGUUCGAGAAGCUGGGCGACGAUGACGAGGAGACGGAGUAUUCGAGUGACAACUUCUCUGCCGAUCCGUCAGUUCCCUACGAACCGGUCUACUUCCAUGCGCGAGGGGCCGAGAACCUCAACCUGGUGGACACGAUCAACUCCUUGAACCCGUUGAUUGACAGCAAGGUUGCCAACCUGACCGAGGACGACGCGCCGCAGAUCUACACGGUCUCCGGAACCGGGGCUCGCAGCAGCUUUAGGACCCUGAAACAUGGCUUGGAAGUCUCCGAGAUCGUCGAGUCGGAACUUCCCAGUGUGCCUUCUGCUGUGUGGACAACCAAGUUGACCCGCGAAGAUGAGUAUGAUGCCUAUAUCAUCCUUUCGUUCGCCAACGGGACCCUGGUCCUGAGCAUUGGCGAGACCGUCGAGGAAGUGACCGAUACCGGGUUCCUCUCGUCCGCGCCCACGCUCGCUGUCCAGCAGCUGGGCGAGGAUUCGCUGAUUCAAAUUCACCCCCGCGGCAUCCGGCAUAUCCUCGUCGAUCGCCGUGUCAAUGAGUGGCCGGCGCCGCAACACCGUUCGAUCGUGGCGGCGGCGACCAACGAGCGCCAGGUGGCAGUGGCGUUAAGUUCGGGCGAGAUCGUCUAUUUCGAGAUGGAUGCCGACGGAUCGCUGGCCGAGUACGACGAGCGGCGACAGAUGUCGGGCACCGUGACGUGCCUCAGUCUGGGUGAGGUGCCCGAGGGUCGUAUGCGCAGCGCCUUUCUUGCCGUCGGCUGCGACGAUUCGACGGUCCGUGUUCUGAGUCUGGACCCAGACUCGACCCUGGAGAACAAGUCGGUCCAAGCCCUGACUGCUGCGCCGUCUGCGCUGAACAUCAUGUCGAUGUCCGACUCCAGCUCCGGAGGAUCCACACUCUACUUGCACAUUGGCCUUCAUUCGGGUGUUUACCUGCGAACGGUCUUGGACGAGGUCACUGGUGAGCUUUCGGAUACCCGCACGCGGUUUCUGGGGUCCAAGGCCGUCAACCUUUUCCAGGUGUCGGUCAAAGGGCAAACUGCCGUGCUGGCUUUGAGCUCCCGUCCGUGGUUGGGCUACUCGGACAUCCAAACUAAAGGGUUCACCCUUACACCCUUGGACUAUGUGCCACUCGAGUGGGGCUGGAACUUUUCCAGUGAACAAUGCGUAGAAGGCAUGGUUGGUAUCCAAGGCCAAAACCUUCGCAUCUUCUCCAUUGAAAAAUUGGACAAUAAUAUGCUUCAGCAGUCCAUUCCGCUUUCACAUACUCCCCGUCGUCUUGUGAAGCAUCCGGAACAGCCCUUUUUCUAUGUCAUUGAGUCGGACAACAAUGUCCUUUCCGAGAGUACGAGGGCUCGGUUACUCGAGGAUUCCAAGGCGCGGGGCGACGAUGAUACCGAGCUUCCACCCGACGAGUUUGGAUAUCCUCGGGCGACUGGCCACUGGGCCUCUUGUAUCCAAAUAGUGGAUCCGGUCGAUGCCAAGGCGGUGAUCGGGAGCAUUGAGCUGGAAGACAACGAGGCCGCGGUUAGCGUUGCCACCGUCCCGUUCACCAGCCAGGAUGAUGAGACGUUCCUGGUGGUGGGAACGGCGAAAGACAUGACGGUCAGCCCGCCUUCAUCCGGGGGAGGGUUUAUCCACAUCUACCGAUUCCAAGAAGAUGGGCGAGAGCUGGAGUUCAUUCACAAGACCAAGGUGGACCAUCCUCCCCUUGCUCUUCUUGCAUUCCAGGGCCGCUUGGUCGCUGGUCUUGGCUCGAUCCUUCGGGUCUACGACCUCGGAAUGAAGCAGCUCCUUCGAAAAUGCCAGGCCCCGGUGGUCCCGAAUACCAUCGUCGGCCUGCAGACCCAAGGCAGCCGUAUCGUCGUCAGCGACGUCCGCGAGAGUGUCACCUUCGUUGUGUACAAAUACCAAGAGAACGUGUUGAUUCCGUUCGUCGAUGACUCUGUUUCUCGCUGGGCGACCUCGACGGCCAUGGUCGACUACGAGACGGUUGCCGGUGGCGACAAGUUCGGCAACAUAUGGCUUGUGCGCUGCCCCAAGAAGAUCUCGGACGAGGCGGACGAGGAAGGAUCGGGCGCGCAUCUCAUCCACGAACGCGGCUACCUCCACGGUACGCCCAACCGCGUGGAGUUGAUGGCCCAUGUUUACACGCAGGACAUCCCAACCUCCCUGCACAAGGCUCAGCUUGUUGCGGGUGGACGAGAUAUCUUGGUGUGGACGGGCUUCCACGGCACAGUGGGCAUGCUCGUCCCCUUCGUCAGCCGCGAAGACGUCGACUUCUUCCAGAAUCUGGAGAUGAAUCUGGCGGCCCAGAAUCCCCCGAUCGCGGGACGGGACCACCUCAUCUACCGGAGCUACUAUGCCCCGGUCAAGGGGGUGAUCGACGGGGAUCUGUGUGAAACGUAUUUCCUAUUGCCUAAUGACAUGAAGAUGAUGAUCGCAGGGGAUCUUGACCGUUCAGUCCGUGAGAUUGAACGGAAGAUUUCGGACAUGCGAACGAGAGUGGCGUACUGAUCUUGGACGGAUUCCGGCGUCAAAUGAGGCAUUUGCUUUCUCUCCUACCUAUUUGUUUGCCUACUGUACGGGGUUGCUAGAUACCCGAUAAUUGAUUAGAGAUUCCCAUAUGUACAGCUAAGAUUCCGGGUCUCAC